CAUGCCGCAGUGCUAUCGCCCACUUUCGCUUCCACUUGUUACACCUUCUCAUCUACCACCUUUUGCUUGGUCACUCUUGCACUCAUCGAGCGCGUUAAAAUAACAUAUACUAGACUUCGGCCAAAAAGCUACGACAGCAAGACCGGACCGCAUUCACAGCCCAAAAAGGGCUCCUCCAUCAUGGGCGACAAGAAGCCACAAAAAGACGAAGAUCAUCUUGAUAGCAUACCACACGAGCGCAAAGAACCGCGACCCGACUUCUCGAAACCUUUGCCUCGCAAGGCGCUGCCGAAAGAUCUCCAAGAUGUUCUCAACUCAGAAGACCGCUUUUGGGACAUCCUCACAUCGCCCGAUGGACCCGAAACGACGGAUACGCCUGUCCGAUACGCGGCCUACGCCGCACGAUUAAAGACCAUCAUGCUUUCUGCACACCGAUACGUCGCUUACACAUCCGACAUUGGCGAAUCCUUUCGCCCAGUCGCACAUCCUUACCUUGUGAAGGGAGCCUAUGGCGUGAGCUGGGCAUAUCUGAUUGGAGAUGUGAGCUACGAGGGGACAAAAGCGUACAAGCGGAAUCAAGCAAUUUUGAAUCCUCAGACGCCAGAGGAGAUCGCGGCGGCGGAUGCGAGGCCUGGAGGGAGGAAGGUUCCUGCGAUAGAUGAUUAUCGGGCGGUGAUGGUGGAGAGAGGAGUGUUCCAGGCUGUGGCGAGUAUGGGUCUGCCGGCGUUCACGAUACAUUCGAUUGUGCGAUACUCUGGACGGGCUAUGAAGAACGUCAAGAAUGUGAAGCUGCGAACGUGGGGACCGAUUGGGUUAGGGUUGGGAUUUGUCCCUGCUCUGCCUUACAUCUUCGACGAACCUGUGGAGAAGGCGACAAGAUGGAUGUUCCACACAGGUUUCGAGACAUUUGGUGGACCUGGUGCAGUAGGCAAGGACGAGAAAGGUCGAGGGCCGGACUUUGAGACGAAGGAGGCGGAACGGCAAAAGAAGGAAUUGUAAAGACAAUGGCGAACGAUGGGAUUACGGAACCCGCUACGGCAUAGCAUAUCCAGGCGCUCUCGACUUAUCUAAUGUGUACAUAUCACGAAUCUCAAUACCCG